AUGGAUACUCAAGCUGUAUUACAGAGUUUGACCCUGGAGGAAAAGGUCUCCUUACUCUCAGGUACUCCCGAUGACUUUACGUCCAUUGCUGGGAUACCUAGGAAUAACAUCCCACUGCUCCAGACUGCGGACUCUAUCAGCGGAAUACGACCUACUGAAUUUGACAGUUCAUUAACUACGGCCUGCUUCCCAAACACAGCAUGCAUAGCGUCAACAUGGAACAUAGAGCUUCUCAAAGAAAUGGGUCACGAGCUCACUAGCCAAGCGAAAUUGAAGAACGCCCAGAUCAUCCUCGGUCCAACCAUCAAUAUCUAG